UUUGUGAAUGUGUAUGACAGAGGUUGCCCAAGUGACGACUGCGUACACGGCCACCGGAGCGGAGCAGCUGAGCCUGGCCCCGGGACAGCUUAUCCUCAUCCAGGGCAAGAACCCAUCUGGGUGGUGGCAAGGGGUUCUGCAGGCUAGGGGUAAAAAACGCCAGAACGGAUGGUUCCCCGCCUCCCACGUCAAGCUCUUGGGCCCCACCAGUGGGAAGUCCACACCAGCUCCAGUUCCAAUUUGCCAGGUCAUCACCAUGUACGACUACAAGGCGGGCAACGAGGAUGAGAUGAGCUUCUCCAAAAGUCAACUGAUCAAUGUGCUGAACAAGGACGAUGCUGAUUGGUGGAAAGGGGAGCUGAAUGGCGUCGUCGGCUUGUUCCCCACCAAUUACGUCAAGAUGACCACGGAGUCCGAUCCCAGUCAACAAUGGUGUGCUGACCUGACCAGCCUGGACACCAUGAGUCCGCAGGAGAGGAAGCGACAGGGUUACAUCCACGAGCUCAUUGAGACGGAGGAGCGAUACAUGGCUGACCUUCAGCUGGUCCUGGAGGUAUGA